CCGCCCAUCACUAGUCAGCACCACUCCUCCAAUAGGAAGCAUAGCUAGUUAGCUAGCGGGCUAGCUGUACUCAGCAAAGCGAUGGCAGUUAACCUCAUCAAAAACGGUCCUGCGUUAACGGCUGCUUUCAAAGAAGUGGUUGAUGAAAAAUCCAGCACCAACUGGUGCUUGUUCACCUACGAGGGGAACAGCAAUGAUAUCCGCCUGGCAGAAAAAGGGGAUGGAGGCCUGGAGGAGCUGGUGGAGGAGCUCAACAGUGGAAAAGUGAUGUACGCUUUCUGCCGCGUCCAGGAUCCAAAUUCCGGUCUGCCUAAAUAUGUCCUCAUCAACUGGACUGGAGAAGGUGUAAAGGAUGCCAGGAAGGGAAUAUGUGCAAAUCAUGUCAGCUCCAUGGCCAAUUUCCUUAAGGGAGCUCAUGUAACGAUAAACGCCAGAGCAGAGGAGGAUGUGGAGCCCGAAGCGAUUAUGCAAAAAGUGGCUAAAGCCUCUGGAGCCAACUACAGCUUCCACAAAGAAGCUCCCAGCCGCUUCCAGGACAGCGGCCCCCAGGGUCCUGUGGGUUCAGUGUACCAGAAAACCAACGCCAUGUCAGAAAUCAGAAAGACCAAUAAAGACAACUUCUGGGCACAGGCUGAGAAAGAAGAGGAGAAACGUCGGCAGGAGGAGCGGCGCAAGGCGGAGGAGGAGCGCCAGCACCUGGAGCGAGAGAGGAAAGACAGAGAGGUCAAGGAGGCAGCACUGAGGGACAAAAGGGAUAAGGAGAGGGCCUCUCAAAUCGAUCAACAAAAGAAGUACCAGCAGCAGCAGGAAGCCGAGACUAGAGAGCAAGAGAAACAACGCUGGGAGGAGCAGGAGCAGGCCCAGGCAGCCCAGGGGAAAGGAGUCAGGAGAGGUGAAUCUGUGGAGAAGGCCAACGAGGCUGCUUCUCUCAUCUCUCAACGUGCCAUGAACCCCAGAGAGAUGUUCAAGCAGAGAGAGAGGGGAAUGACCCCCAGCGACUCAGAUGUCCCCCCAGCCGCCCCGGCUAGCCCUCAGCCAGGGCGCCUCCAAAGCCCUUUUCUGUCUAAGCCAGUGUAUGAAUCUGAGCCGGCCAGCUCGCCUCAGCGCCAAGCUUCUCCUGUGCCAGGGGGCUCCGCCUCUCCUGUCCGUGCCACAGAGCCUGAUUUAGAUGAUGGGCAGUCCAGGUGUGAGUAUGAUGAGCAGGAGGCAGCACCCCAGGAGGAGAUUAAAGAAGAGCCACCGGCUGCCAACUCGUACGUCCAAGAGGAGGUUUACGAGGAGCCCGCUGAGGUGGAGGAGAAUACCUACGACACGACUGUCGAAGAGACACCAGCAGACAGAGGCACCUGUGCCCGAGCCCUAUAUGACUACCAGGCUGCUGACGACACGGAGAUCUCCUUCGACCCCGACGACAUCAUCACCGGGAUCGAGAUGAUAGACGAAGGCUGGUGGCGAGGCUACGGGCCGGGCGGCCAUUUUGGAAUGUUUCCAGCGAAUUACGUGGAGCUCAUCUAGCCCAGCACCCACAAACGCCCCUCCCCCUCCCCACAGAUCAUCUUAGUGCAGGAGGACACGGAUGAUACGAGCAGUUUAAAGUUAGUCCUCACACACACGACAGAUCACGUUCAACGGAGCAUAUGAGCCUCCACCUCUUGGACCAACAUGAAAGAUAGAGACAUGGGCCAGAAGCUUAUGAAACUUCUCAUUUCAAGAAAGCAAUUCCAUUAAACUGUUGAUGUCGUAAGCAACUGAUGGCAUAGUACCGACCAAAACCCCCCCUCCCCAAAAGUAUCUGUAAACGUGAUCAGCCCUAAAGUCAGUUGUGAGCAUUGACGGCACUUCUAUUCACAUUCCUUACAAAGUGGCUUCAGUUCUUUUUCAGGUAUGAUUUAGUUGUUAAUUGUAGCAGUUCCUAGUUUUCAUUUCAGGACAAAAAAAAAACAAAACAAAAAAAGAACAAGAAAGAAAUCAAGGAUGGUUCCAGUAACAUGCAGAAUAUUUUGCCUUGUUUUUUUGCCUUUCUUUACCAGCAGACUGAAUUUUCCUUGUUCUGUUUUGUGAAAGAAGUGUGACAUCCUGUGUGAAUUUCAAACCUAUUCUGACCUGACUGUGAUUGAAAUGAGUAUUUAAAACAAAAGAAAACAAACAAAAAAAAACUGGUGACGUUUGCUGUGGUAGACUUUAUCAUUUGAAUGCUCAAAAUGGUUAAGAUCCUUUUAACUGUGACUGAAUAACUAUUUUCAUUUCAAGUCCUUCCUCACUUGAACCGUGUCAUUUCAACAUAUUUAAAUUCUCAAGUAUGAGCUGAAAAAGAAUCAAAGGCAUUAUUUUACUUUUUAUGGACUGAUGUUGACCUCUGAUAAGUCACGUGUGGUGGUUUGGUGCCAUAACGAGGGCAUGUGAAGGAAAUUGGUGGCAUUUUAAUUUUGACAUUUGAACCGCUUGAUAGCAGAAUUUAUGCAAGAUCUCUAUUUUUUAUCAUGGAACUAAAUUCUCCUCCUGGAGCUUCGGGGUCAGUUGACAAAAAGAUAAAAUCAAACUGAUCGUGAACGCAAUGAGGUGUCAUGUUUCCAUCGCAUCCUUCAUGUUCGUUUCUCCAGAGUCUAUUGUAAUGCACAUUCUUCAUAAUAAAAGAAAUAAUCAAGCUGCA